ACCCUUUUCUUACAGUGGAAGUGUCCUCACACGCAAAAUGGCCACUGAUUAGAACGAGUAGUAGGCAAAGCACCUGAUUUUGAGUAGAAAUAUCUCUAUUUCAGGCAGUCUCCCAUAAAUGUUUCUGUAAGAAAUGUUCUCAUCUUGUGCCACUUUAUCGAAGCCAGAAGUCUAUUUUUUAGUGUAAUUCGGGAAAAACAAGCAAGAGGAGUGGCAAUCGGCUUAUCGGGUGUGAUUUAUUUCCUUCAACAAUGUCUGCAAACACUGAUACAUCUGUUGGACCAGGUCCAGAUGCACCACGACAGGACCAGCAACCCUCGUCAUCCAACACUCCAGAAUCCAAUCCUCAAACUGGCAAUCAGCAACAACAGGCACAACAGGAGAGCCCGCCACCACCUCCUCAACAAACCGCCGCACCACAAGUCGAUGCGGAGCAGGCGUUGCCCAACAUCCCAGCCGCACAGAACGCAAACAACGCCCGAGCCAACAACAAUAACAACAACAACCCUCUUCUCAACGUGAGGGAUCGUCUCUUUCAUGCUCUCUUCUUCAAGAUUGCUAUCACUUAUGCCCGAGCGUUCCCUCCUUCUAUUCGAAGAUUCUUUGAAUUUGCUAUCCUCCUCAAGGCCUUGACAGCCCUAUUUGUCCUUGCGUACAUUCACCGAACAUUCUCUCGUUCACCAAUCAACUGCCUGGCGGAGUAUCGUGACAAGUGGCCACGUGAUGGUAUCCUUAGAGUGGAAAUCGUGAGGAAUCGCAGCGAUGAAAGUCCCAUCUACGAAGUCUCGUAUGGGAGAAGAAAAUUGGGAGGCAUGACAAAGAUUGAAGACGACGAGACGCAGUAUGCCAAUAUGACCGUGAUGCCGCCUUACUGGGAAUACCCGGACAUUUUAAAAGCGGAGGAUGCGCUGCGGAGGCGGGAGGAAGAGAGCGCAAACACCGUCCAGACAUCGUUCUUUAACGGUCUCUCGUGGCAGACGACGAACAUCACCAUCGAUCUGCCCUCCACGCAGAAGCUCGAUAAGAAUAUGCAGCCGUUCCAGGAGACAGUGUCAGAGUUUGAAAUGUUUACAAGAGCAGUUUGGCCUGUGGAUGAGUACAUCAUGGAGUAUUCAUUGGAAUAUGGUUUCCUGAGGCUAUCAUCCGGUACAAGGGAGAGACUAGGAAUACCUGUUAUGGUCAUUCAACUGGACCCCACACAAGACGAUUGCUUUGGCGAUUCGCUGAGUCGAUUCCUCUUGGAUGAAUUCCUUGGUUACGAUGAUAUUCUGAUGUCCAGUGUUAAGAGCUUGGCAGAGUAUGAAGACAAUAAAGGUUACCUGCGCAAUGUUGUGACUGGAGAGCACUACCGCUUUGUGAGCAUGUGGAUGGCUCGUUCCUCGUACAUCGCUGCCGGGUUUAUCAUGCUCAUCUUCACCAUCUCCAUCUCUAUGCUGCUAAGAUACUCUCAUCACCAGAUCUUCGUCUUCAUCGUGGAUCUUCUUCAGAUGCUAGAGAUGAAUACAACAAUUGCCUUCCCAGCUGCUCCUCUCCUCACUGUCAUCCUAGCUUUAGUUGGUAUGGAAGCGAUCAUGUCCGAGUUCUUCAAUGAUACGACCACAGCCUUCUACAUCAUUCUCAUUGUAUGGGUGGCUGACCAGUAUGAUGCCAUCUGUUGUCAUACUCAGAUCACCAAGCGCCACUGGCUAAGAUUUUUCUACCUAUACCAUUUUGCAUUUUAUGCAUACCAUUAUCGCUUCAAUGGGCAGUAUAGUGGCUUGGCACUCAUUACAUCUUGGCUUUUUAUUCAGCACUCCAUGAUCUAUUUCUUUCAUCACUACGAGUUACCUGCCAUCUUACAGCAAGCCAGGCUACAAGUGUUACUGCAACGCAACCAGCACGGUGGCAUGCAUCCACGCAUCAACAUCAACAUCAACCUUGGAGAGAAUGCACCGCAACAACAGCACCCACAACCAGGCACCACUGACGGAGGGGAGGCCAACAACCAAGGAGGGGGUAACGCAACACCAAAUGGCACGCCAAAUCAACAGCAGCAGCAACAAGCUGCGCAGCCUGUACCUGUUGCUGUCGCUGCUGUACAACGUCCAGUGUGGCGGCAACGUCGCACGCUAUUCAGCAUGUACCUUGGGGCGCUACUAAAUCGGCGGCAAGGAACGGCCAAUGCUGGGGUUAGCCAGCAAACUGGGGUAGCUACUACUACAGCAGAAACAUCAACCACAAACUCAGCAACUCAUGCAACAACAAAUACAGACGAUAGUCUAAAUGGGGAAUCCCCCGGUAGCAGAGCUGCUACAAACCUUAGUAACUCCAAUCAAAGCAAAGCCUCACAAGGAGAAACUGAAAUUGGCAACACUUCGUUGUUGCAAAACCCUCAACUAGAAACGAGUAAUCCCGUUUCAUCAUCGAAUACGAGCCAAUCAGACUCUAGUAGACUUGAUACGUCGAAAGGAAGCAGUACGUUACCGUUGUGUGAAAACCUUUUACCUACAACUCAACCUUUGCCAAGUAAUGCGCUUCAGGAUUCUAUGUUAUUGCAAAGUAUAUCACAAGCAUCUAGUGCUGCAGCCAUGAAAUCUAGUGUUGAAGAACACUGAUAGUACUCCAAGGUGCAUAUAAAGCCAGUCCCAAUGGAAACAACGUGGGAUUAGGUUGUAGAAUAGGUAGAUCAUAUUCUGCUGCAGAAAACCUCAGUGAAACCAAUACUGCUCUCUGCCAAGGUACUAUUUUUAGGAUAAAGUUGAGUACUGUUCAUGCAAUUGGGAAAACAGAAAUAGAUAGAUGUGACUAUGUGGCUUGAAAGUCCAAACAUUGAAGCUCUUUGUUGUCAUAUUUUGAACUUAAAGGCACAAGAAGAUCAAUAAUUUUCAGGGGACAUUUCAACUGUGAUAUUUUUUCCAAACUGACAUACAAUGAAUAUUUGCCAAGCUGGCUUUUGUGUGUAAAAACAUAAAAUACCUGAAAGUCCUAAGAAGUCUUUUAUAUAGGCAAAGGUCAUGUUGUUUUUCAAUUGGAAUAAUAUUAGUUUCUUAAAAUUGAUCACUCUAUAUAUACAUGUAUGAUUCAUCAUAUAUAUCCAGUUUUCUUUUAGAAUGACUUUUAACUCAAGAAAAGUUCAAAAGAGUCAAUUAAAACUAGAACCUUUAUAUACAGGGUAUUUUAGUGACGUCUCUACCACUGCUAUGUUGUAUUUUCAAUAGCUCCAUUUUUCGGUUCCUGUACCUAAGCAUCAUCAUGCUUGCGUCAUGCAGUUAGUGGUGCAUUGUGGGACAUGGCUGUUGACACAUCGGGACAUUGUGAGCAGCAGAUGGCAGUAUACUUAGAUCUGAAGAAGUGUCAGUGUAAUACCUUGCCUUCAGCAGUAUUUAGAGUUGACCAGUAUGUUUAAAAGUAUUGGUUAAUCUGAGGUUUUCUGCAGUAUAAACUCUAUUGAUAAUUUAGGUAUGAAAUGGGAAUGUAAAUAUAUAUCUAACCAGUCAAAUUACGUUUCUUUGAAAUGAAACUUUGAGGAUUUGAAAUAAUUUGUUUGUUAUUGAAAGAUGCAUUUAUUCUAUAGUGAGAAGAAACAGAUUCAUGAACUCUACUGUGUUCAUAUGCUUAAAAUCUAGGAUGUCUGAUUACGAUGGUGAAACCGGGGAUUUAAAUGUUGAAAUAUUGUAAUAAACAUUGAAUUAUAUCAAUGCAUUACACAGAUUUAUUGUUCAAAAGAAAACAAAUGCACCAAAUCGUCAUUAUGCUUGUCAUUGUGGUAACGGGCUGUAAUGCAUUUAAUACAGAGAUGAUGUAUUUGUUCAAAAGAGAACAAAUGCACUAAACUUCCUUAUGCUUAUCAUUGUAGUAAGGAGCUGUACUUUCAGCAUGAAAUAAUACCUUUAAAAAAUGCCAAGCAGUACCGGUAUGUCAAAAGUAAAAAUGCGUGGAGGCAUUUAGUUUUCCUAUUCAGUGUUUGAUAUAUUUCAUUUAUUUGUCUUGAAACGCUAUAUUGAUAGCUUUAUUUCAAAGCGAUACUUUUGAGGUUUUAAUACAUUUAUAUGGUUUUAAUCAAAUCACAUUUAGGGAAGUGGUAAGUAACACUUAACAAGUCAAUAAACCAGAAAAGGGUACCUUGUUCCCUCAAAUCAA